GUCUGUCCGUCUAAAAACAGACUGAGUGCUCACUCUGCAGCCUGCAGGCCUCCAACACUCUCUGCUCUUCUUCUGCUUCAUUUCUCUCCUGGACUUGAUCGACUUCUCAUUUCUUGUCCGGUCAGCGGCUCCUCUUCCUCCUCUUCCUCCUCCUCCUCAUCGUCAUGGAGAGUCUGGAGAAGCAGCUCAUCUGUCCCAUCUGUCUGGAGAUGUUCACCAAGCCGGUGGUCAUCCUGCCCUGCCAGCACAACCUCUGCCGCAAGUGUGCCAACGACGUGUUCCAGGCGUCCAACCCCUACCUGUCGACGAGGAGCGGCUCCACGGUGACAUCCGGCGGUCGUUUCCGUUGCCCGUCCUGCCGACAUGAGGUGGUUCUGGAUCGACACGGAGUCUACGGACUGCAGAGGAACCUGCUGGUGGAGAACAUCAUCGACAUGUACAAACAGGGAAGCACCAGUAGACCGGUCCCAGAGGAGAAGCUGGAGCAGCCGAUGUGUGAGACACAUGAAGAGGAGAAGAUCAACAUCUACUGCGUCUCCUGCAGCGUUCCCACCUGUUCUCUGUGCAAAGUGUUCGGAGCUCACAAAGACUGUGAGGUCGCUCCGCUGGACAACGUCUUCCACAAGCAGAAGGUGACGUUGACUGACUGUAUCUCCAUGUUGGUUGGAAACAAUGAGAGGACUCAGUUCAUCAUCAGUCAGCUGGAGGAAACCUGCACAGACGUCAACGAGAACGGUCGCAGACAGAAGUCGAAGGUGUGCGAGACGUUCGAUCACCUGUUUGCUCUGCUGGAGGAGAGGAAAGGUGAGAUGACUCUGAGGAUCAACUGUGAGCAGGAGGAGAAGCUCGACUAUAUCAGAGGUCUGAGGAGGAAGUACACCGAUCACCUGGAGAGCACCGCCAAGCUGCUGGAGACCGCCAUCCAGACCAUGGACGAGUCCGAGAUGGCCGGGUUCCUGCAGACGACCAAACCUCUGCUACAGAAGAUCGUGGAGGGCACCAACACGUCUCACCUGGAUAAAGUCCAACAUGGCUACGAGAACAUGGAGCACUUCACCGCUAACUUUGAGCUUCAGAGUGGAGCGCUGAUGAAGGUCGACUUCAUCAAACAUGAUGAAGACGACGAUGACGAUGAAGAAGAAGCACCAGAGGUCAGGGUGCCGACCUCAGCCAAUCAGCCGCCUCCUCUGUCUCCUGUUCAGCCUGCAGGUCUUCAACUCACAGCCCCGCCCCCUCAGAGGCCCUCAGAGACUCCGCCCACUAUGACAUCACAGUCAAAAAACCCAACCCCAUCAACCAGCCAGGCCCCGCCCCCUCAGAGGCCCUCAGAGACUCCGCCCACCAUGACAUCACAGUCAAAAAACCCAACCCCAUCAACCAGCCAGGCCCCGCCCCCUCAGAGGCCCUCAGAGACUCCGCCCACUAUGACAUCACAGUCAAAAAACCCAACCCCAUCAACCAGCCAGGCCCCGCCCCCUCUGCCCAACCCCUCAGCAAGCCCCGCCUCUCAGUCUGAUCAGCAGAACGAGUCGGAGGACAGAGAUGGACCCAAACAUGUCUUCUCCUUCAGCUGGCUCAACCAGAAGUAAAAUCAGGACCAGGUCCAGGACUCGGAUCAGUCUCCAGACUUCACUGUUUCCUUUUCAUUAUUUUAUAUCAUUUUAAUGUCAGUAACAUCAAUA